AUGAAAACUAUGGAGUUUAAAAAUUCUAUUGUAUAGCAAAACAAUAUACAUACAAAUUAUGAGUUAUUGAAUUAAUUGGAAGCCAGGAAACUUAAGUAGAUAGUACCUUCAAAAAAGGAUUUUGAACACAAUUUUUAAACGGAAGUUGUAAAAAAAUAAUCAGGUUAUGUGAUUACAGAAUAAAGAGCCCAAUUAGAUGCUAAAUUAGUUAAUAUUAUACAUCUGCAAUUAUGUACGUUCCAUUACUUUGAAGUCCCAUUGGCUGGUCAUAAGAAACCCUUAAUCAUAAAUUUUACUUUUACCAAUUAAGCAAAAAUGAAAUUUUAUAUUUCAAGACACACUUUAACUCCAAAUAGAUUUAAUUUUGAAGAAGCAUUUCAAAGAAAAUAGGUAUUAAGAUAUACAGAGCCAGGAGAAGAUAACAUUUUUACUACCCCUUUUUUGUAUAUGGCUAUUUUUAGUUAACAAUAAUCUAUUAUUCAUGCCAAGAUCUAAUAUGGAAUGAAAAUACAGAAGCUAUAAAAGCAAGAUUAGGAAGAAAAAGAAAGACCAAUGACUUCAUUUAUGUUAGGUAGAAUAAGUAGUGCUUUAACAAGGAAAUAAUCAAAGGAUUUAAUUCUGAUGAAUAUGAAUUUAAGACAAUAUGAACCUCAAACUCAAAAAAAGUAGUUAUAAAUUAGAAGAGUUUAAUCUGCUAAGCGAUUUUAAGAAACUUUAGUUAAUAAAUAAAUCAUAGAUUAAGAUAAAUAGGAUCUAAUAAGAGAGAGAUAUGAACAUUCUUAAAAAAAAAAGAUUAUCAAAGAUAUCUUGAAUGUUCGAGAUCAAAUAGACCAAUCAAUCAAGGAAUAAUAAAAAAGUUGGUUAACUAAUCUCUAUUCGAUUCUAAUUUGUAGGCUUAUUCGAGUCAAAUAUAUAUAUAUGGCAAAUCAUAUGAUGAAUGAAGCCACAAUAAUAAGGAAAAAACACAGAACAAGAUUAAAUUUGAAGAAGUACCUUACUAAACAUGGCGAGACUAUUUAAUAAAGGACUAAAUUUUAAAGUUUACAAAGUCUUUGUGUUUUUGCUGAAAUCUAUCAAAAAACAGUAAAAACAAGAGCUGAAUUUAUUUGUUUUUCUUUUAUGAAAAGUUAUGGACAGAUUGGGGAAAUAAUACAAAAAACUUAUAGAUUUAGACGAUUAAUUAGAACAGUAAUUGAUUCAUAUAGAAAUUAUAAAAAAAGAGUUGGAGCUUAUGUUUAAAGAAUAAUCAUGUUAUGGAAUAAAUAUUGGGGGGUUAUGUACAAUUAGAUACAAAAGGAGGAUAUUGAAAAGGUCAAGGAAAUUAAAAAGUAGAUGAAUAAGACUAUAAUAAAUUUUUAAGUUGAUGAGGAGAUUAAGAAAUCCCCAUAUUUGGAUGGAAAAUUAUAAUUAGUAAUUGUUUAGAAUUAUUACAAAUAUUUGAAAGCUGAAUUUAUCUCAAAGUUUAGGUCCGUUUAUAAAAAAGGGAAGUCGGGUGCAAGAGGAGUUUUGAUUGCUGCUUAAGGUUUUGAAGUAAAGGACUUAAAUUUAUUUAAAUGCAUCGACAAAGCCAUUUUAAAAGACUUAAUCUAUAAAUAUAUGCUCGAAAAAAGAAUGAUACAAAGUGUUUUAAUAAAGAAAUGA